AUGGCCGCAUCGUCGCGCUUUGAGGUUACCUUGGAAAGGACGCCGGUUAGGGUCGCCGACCUCCGUCCCCGAAAGCGAGAUGAGGCGCUCAAAUCGCCAGAGCCGCGACCCUCAUCCGAGGUGUCCAUAGUUCAGCACCAUCCUGACUUGUCCGACAUUACUGGAACGAAUCCCACCCACUCUCUACUACUAUCAUCCCUAGAAACAUCCAGGAACCCGUUCUUCCACGAGGCGGCAGUCUACCUGCCCGCCUUCGAGGAGCUGUACCUGACCUCCAACCUCCUCCAGUCCACGAGCUCAUCACAGCUCCCCGUCAUCCUCAUCUCCAAGGUCCGCCUGCAGCGGGACCCAGACAGCGGCCACGUCACGGGCGUGGAGUGGGCCAAGCUCCGGUCCCCCGCGGCCAUGGCCAUGCCGGCCGGCGGCGCCCAGUUCGAGUCGGGCAUGCUCCUGUGCGCCCAGGGCAGCCUCGCGGCGGACCAGCCCUCGGGCGUCUUCUACAUGGCGCGCGGCAAGCCCCCUAUCCCGCUGGUGACGUCGUACUACGGCCGCGACUUCAACUCGGUCCACGACGUGGCUGUCGCCCCGGACGGCGGCCUCUGGUUCACCGACCCCUGCCACGGGUUCGAGCAGGACUUCCGCAAGAAGCCGCAGAUGCCGUGUCACGUCUACCGCCUCGCCUCGCGCGACUCGGCCGACCUGAGGGUCGUGGCCGACGGGCUUGGGCGGCCGACCUGCCUGGCCUUCAGCCCGGACGGGGGGACUCUGUACAUCACCGACACGGAUGCCGUGCACGGUGACGGGAACCAGGACGCUACACGGUAA